AUGAUUCUCGUUUGGAUCCUGUCCUUUACUGCCCUUUUGGAGAAUGUCUAUGGUAAGGUCCAAGUUAUGUAUAAUAGAUAUAAUACAUUUUUUAAUGCUUAUUAUAUUUAAUGUUUCUUCCAUUAUAUUUUCAUAACUUUCAGGCUGCGGCGUUCCAGCCAUUAAUCCAGUUAUUUCUGGAUAUGCCAGAAUUGUGAAUGGUGAGAAUGCUGUUUCUGGGUCCUGGCCAUGGCAGGUGUCCCUGCAGGUACAGAAUAUAUACUGUUGCAUAUUUAUACACAUGCAAACUAACACACAGCAUAUUUAAAAAAAAAUCAUCCAAUUACUAAACCUUUACAAUCUAUCCAAGUUUGACAAACAAUCACAACAAAUGAAUGACACCUUGCACAAAAAUCACGAGGACGUGAUUUUUGAUGACAUUAAAAAAUGUAAUAUAUAUGAGAAUCCAUUAUUUUUGUAUCUCUCUAUAAAUGUUUUUGAUUAAAAUAGAUAUAUAUAUAAUAUAUAUAUUAUCUACCCUAUUUUGCUUAUUUAUCACUGCUAUAAGAAAAGGAUGGGAGCCAGGGGGUAAAGGUGAGAACACAAAGGGGGGCUUUUAAUAAAUAUGAAAAAAGACAUCAAUAAAAAAAAAUACUCAAUCAAGUGAAAACGUAUAUUCAAAUUGAACAUAAACAAAAUAAAGAAAUAAAAUGGAAAAUGGCUCAAUGUAUCACAAUGUAGUUAUACAGAAAGAUUGCUGCAGGGUGCUGAAAGUCACCAUUAACUAAGUAAUGCUCUAUACCAGUGAAAUAUAUAAUGAUGAUCACUCGUUUACACUCAAGAGCCUCUUUUGUUUCAUUUAAAAUUAUUUUAACAUUUGAAAAUAUUAUAGUACUAAAGUGUUAGUUUAACUGUUCUGAAGAAUAAAGCAUGGAUUUAAAAUUCAGUGCAAAGAAUUGCACACAACUAUUAAUAAACAUAUAGGGCUUGUUUGUAACCUUGGUUGUACAACUACAAUAAAUAGUUGUAAUUCGAUUUCAAAUGGAUUGCAGUUUGUCUGAAUUGUGGGCAAUCAGCAAUUUUUCCAAAAUCCCAAACUCCAAAGUGAUAUAUGGAUUAAUCAAAAAACAAACUAAAUGAGGAAUGAACAAUCCAUUUAGUUUUUCAUUCCAUGAAUCGAGUUCCAUCCCUGGUGCCCCAAAAAACAUGAUUGAUGGAAAAAUGAUGAUUGCUGGUUAAGGGACAGCCCUGUCACUACUUUUUUGCUGUCAGAAAACAGUCACUAGUCACAGUAUCAAAAGUAACGAGCAGUGUCUGGUUGCUAAAAGGUCAAGACAAGGUUGUAAACAAGUCCAUAGUAUGCUAAAGUAUUAGGGAGUUGAGUGAGUUAAAUAAAUCAAAUAAACUAUAAGAGUAGUUACUAAGAGCUGAAACCUAUAUUCAAUAGACUAAAAGAAAUCAAUAAUACAAUAAAUAAAUCCUAGUAAACCAACUAUAAGUAAUCAAUAUUUAAUUCCUUGAAUAAGGGUUCAAACAAUGAAAGGUAUCUGUGAAAUCUACAGUAGAAAAGAUCAUGGAUCUAUAGUGCUCACUGUAUAAUAACUGCUUCAUUAGCACAAGAUUAAAGGAUCACUAUAGUGUCAGGAAAACAAACUUGUGGAAACCCCUUCAGCAGCUUACCUUAAUCCAGCCCCGGGCUCCUUCGGCGCUGGUGACCUUUCCUCCCCCGCCAACGUCAGCUCCCGAGUGGAGUGGAAUAAGCAUGCACGGCAAGAGCCACGCGCAUUCAAACAGUCCAUAAGAAAGCAUUUCUCAAUGCUUUCCUAUGGACGUUCUGCAGGUUGGAUGCAAAUUUUGCAUCCAACGUCGCAGAAGCGCCUCUAACGGCUGUCAGGAAGACAGCCACUAAGGUAGGAUUAACCCUGCCAUGUAAACAGACCACUUCAUUGACCACUUCAUUGAGCUGAAGUUGUCUGUGUGACUAUAAUGUCCCUUUAAAACCACUUAUAUUGUCACACGUGAUGGCCCAUCAGAAGACAAAGCUUCCUGCAAAACACUGAAAAAAUCAUCCUCUGAUCUUAUGAAAAAUGAGUGAUUCUCUAGGGUGCCAGCAUCGUUGAGUUUUACAGCCUACAUCUCGAUUUUCGUUAGAUUGGAAGGUUAUCAUGUGUGGGUCACUCUGUGAAGCAUGGCAGCUUGCAUUCUAUUGAUGUCAACUGAUGUGUACAGUUUUUUGCCUUAUGUGUUUUGUGAAUAGCUAGGUCCAUUUCAGCAAAGCAUUUAAUGUCACUUGAUAUUUUUUAUCCUCUUCUUUCUGUUUUCAUGACUACAUUUAACUUUAUCGAUAAAUGCUGAAUUUCACUACUAGCCUUUAAUUGGAGUGCCUGGUGUGGCUUUUCUGAUCUUGUUGUGAUGCAAUGCUAAGAAGAUGGUCCUAAAUGACUUUCACUAAACAAAUAAGUGGUUUCUAUAAUUAACUUGACCUUAGAAGAAAGCUCAAUACAUUAUUUCCAGCUAUCAAUUUCUUUAAAUCAGUGUCAAGCAUUUAAUUUCAGCUGUUUCUGUAGUUGCUAUUUUAGAAAUUGGCCACCAGAUGGUAGUAUUGCCUCAUCUUUAAUACAUGUAUGUUUAGCUCAACACAUCUGCUGUUAUACUUUGAUAUUCGGUAUGCCCUAUAUAUUCAAAUGAAUAUAGGGCUGACUAGACUCACUAUGCAAUGUUUUAGGUACAAAUGAAUAUGUUAGUGUGGUACAGUAUAGAUAAUGCAUACAUAUGUUUUAAGCAUUUAAAACUGAGAUCCCUGCUAUAUGCAAUAUGAUUCAAAUACAAUUAAAGGUAUUAAAGAAUUGCAAUAUAACUAGGACACACAUUUAUCCAAACACUUAACUGUUUUAAAUGUUUAGUUUUAGUUAUUAUAACACAUAUAUUGGACACUCAUGCAAUACAUUUUUCAUUAUUUUGUUCUCUAAUAAAAGUUGUCUUCUUGUUAUCUUAAUGUAUCUAUCUAUCUAUCUAUCUAUCUAUCUAUCUAUCUAUCUAUCUAUCUAUCUAUCCAUCCUGUCUUUUUUUUUUUUGCAGGAUUGUUAACCUUACAAAUAAGAAAAAAGAUGCAAUUUAACACUAUUUUAUAUUUACAAAUAUUCAAGAAGUUGUUUUGUGUUCCUGUAGGACAGAACCGGAUUUCACUUUUGUGGCGGGUCUUUGAUUAAUUCCCUUUGGGUUGUCACGGCUGCUCACUGCGGAGUCACGUAAGUAAGAUUGCUGCUUCUAGAUUUAAGCAAAAAUGCCAUGAUGUUACUUGAGGUUACUUAAAAAAAAAAAAAACAGUGUUUCAAGAAUCAAAUUUUCAAAAUCAAUUUCAUCAGAAUUCAGCUGAUUCAGCAAUUUGGAACAGUCAGAAUUUUGGAAUCAACAAAAAGCUAUGUGAAAACCAACCGAUUCAAAACAUAUUGAUUUUGAUCCAUUUAUUUUGAUAAAGACAGCAAAUUAUGGAGUUCUUUAAUAAACAACUGAAACAGCCAUUUUUAUAUUUCAGCUGUUUAGUUUAGCUUCUUAAUUUGUCAUCCUUACAUGGGAUUACAAUAAUUAAGGAUGCCCAAUUAGGAAUAUAUCUACUAAAUAAUUGAAAGAGAAAAAAUAAGAAAAUGGCUAAAUAGUAGACAACUCCCUAAAUUGGUAGCCUUAUAUAGGAUUGCCAUAUUUAAGGAUACUAAAUUUGGGUGCUGUAUAUCAGCUCUCUUAUUUGGUACCCUUAAAUAUGGCAAUUCUAUGAAAGAAUAGCAAAUUAUGAAAAUAUCUGCUAAACACCUUAAAAUUGAAAUUAAGGAAAGGACUUUUCUUACUUUUGAUCUUUCAGCGUUUGUGACUGCCUACAUUAGUUAUAGGCGAACCAAUAACAAAAUUCAGGGUGCCACAAUUUGUCACACGUUUGUGACUGCCUUCCCUAAUGCAUUCCUCGUACGGAAUAAUAGGCACCCGAAUUAACUGAAUUUUUAAAUUUUCUGACAGACAAACUGAUAUUUUUUUAAUUUUGGACAAAACUAAAUUUAAAAAAUUUGCUAUUUUUUUUUCUGCAUUCACGUCACUCCUGACUUGGUCAGAGUAACCAUUCCUAUCCUGGUUCUUAUUCCUAAAAUAAAUAAAAUAUAAGAAAAAAAGCUAACACUUUCCAAAUUCUCCCUUAGACCGACCUUCCUCCACUAACAUCACUCUUGAUUGCACAAGGAGGAUGUCAGAAAGUACAGGCUUAGGGGAGGAGAGUGGUGGUAUGGAGAGUGGGUGCCAUUAGCUGUCUGUCACCAUCAUGGUGUGCAUUCUGACAAUAGGCGUUAUAUUAGCAGAGAAUUCACAUUAGCGUGGAUAAUGACAUCCCAAUGAUUCUGCCAGAGGUGGAGUUUUACCUCUGGCAGAAGAGGGUCUAAACUCUGUAUGUGCAGCGUUUCGUACCAAAAUGCUGCACAUACAGACUCCAGGCACCAUAACCUCUUUGAAUCACUGAAAUAGUCCUCCUGUAAUGUUUCUCUGAGUUUGUUGGCGUAUAGCUGCAGCAAUUUAUUCUAACUGCUACAGUUUAACCCCUUAAGGACACAUGACAUGUAUGACAUGUCAUGAUUCCCUUUUAUUCCUGAAGUUUGGUCCUUAAGGGGUUAAGCAGUCGUCUGUAGGGACAUGUGAAGAGCAGACCAUCUAGCAUAAGCUAUGUAAGACACAAUUAUUGUUGUUCAAAAUAUUAUUUUUCUAAACUGCUUGUGUUCAUUGCCAAAUUAUUUGAAGGUUAUUCACCGAAGCGAGAAUUGCCAGAAAUUCUAAGUGAAUUCAAAUUUGAAAAAAAACAAGGCCAAAAUACCCAAUUGGAAAAAUUCUCCCAGUCAGUUAUGCUUCCAGUUCGGCUAAUUUGACUUAAUAUUUGAAAUUCACUUUAAAUUCCUCUCAAUUCUCACAUUAGUAAAUAAUCCAGUCAGUUUUCAGAGAGAUUUGGAGAAAAUUUUGAACACAUGUUAAAAGAAUACAUAUGUAUCCCUAUAUUUUAUUUCCAUUUAUACAAUAUCUUGUAUAAAAAAAAAAAAAAUCAAAUUGCAUUUGUUGAUAUUGUAGCUUUAGUGCAAGUAGUGCAUUAAUAUAUCACACUUAGAAUGUAUUGGACGUUUGUUAUAAUAAAUGUAGCAAAAUAUGCAUUUGUGGAGCAAUUUCCCUGCUUCUUCCUCAUACAGCUACUUAGAUGUAUAUUCACUAAAAUAAUAAAUCAAGUUUAAUAUUAGCAAACUAUUAUGCCAAACCUGGCAGAUGAUUACUAUUAUUAUUACCCUGAACAAUCACUAGAAAAAUAGAAAUUGCUUGUUUCACAUAUAUAGAACUUCUCACCGUGUUGUUCUGGGAGAAUAUGAUCGUUCAUCUUCUGCUGAGGCAAUCCAAACCAAAUCAAUUGCAAAGGUAUGUUAGUAUUUGUUAUUUUAGUGGGAAAGUCACAUCUUUAGUCCUUGCAUUUCACUGUGCUGUUCAUGUUAAAGGAAAACUCCAAGCACCUUAACCACUGCAUUGGAAACCAGAUGCUGUCACCACCUCCACUACAUUUAGCAGAAUGCUGGUGUUGAGGGCUUAGCUCAUUGGCUGAGAAUGGACGUUCCUAAGUAGGAGUUUCUCGUUCUUCUUUUUAACUGAGAAAAGGCCUAGCAGUCCCCAGGUAAGAAGUCAAAACGUUCUAAAAUGUUUUGACACCAUAAUCACAACAGAGCACUGUAGUGCUUAUGGUACAUAGAGUGUUCCUUAAUUAAUGUGAUUAAUAAAUAUGAAGCCAUUGCUAUGAACUUUGUAUUUCUAAAUGCUCUUAAAUGGUAUUUAUGCACUGUGAUCUUGAAAAAGGCUUGAAUUAGCCAAAACAUCGAUUGAAAAGCACAGGUGAUCUGACAUUUUUUUCACUGAAAAUAAACACUAAAUUUUGCAAGACCAGAGAGUGCAAACCCUCUAGAAAUACUAUCGUGCCACUAAGUUAUUACGUAUAUUAGAUUGGAUGAGCUUUAAAUGGAAACCCUGGGUAGAAUUAGAACAUAAUUUUGUUUUAAAACCAACAUAUAUAGCUCCACGGGUUGAAGAACCAUCAAAGAAAUGUGAGUAUAAAGAACAUCAUACUGUUAAAAAUAUUUACAUUUCUGGAGCAAAUUAAUUAAAAGUUGUAAAUUAGUCAAAUUUCCAGGAAUUUUGUACCCUAUAAUGAAGAGUUUUUGUUUUUAUUUUGUACACAAAAAGAAGAGUUUCCACAGGGCCAGGAAUAUAGAUAUAUUUUCAGGAGUUUACUGGUGAAGAGUAAAAUUCCAUAUUAAUUUAACGAUGGGAAAAAUACUACUACUAGAUAUGUUGCAGAUAAAGACAGGUUGGCUAAUCUAUUUACAACUAUAACAUUUUAUUCUAGAUUUUCAGAACAUUUUUUAGUUACCAUCGGACAGUUAUAAUUAUUUAAUUAGAAUAAUUAUGAGUUAUUGUGCCUUAGAUCCAUUAAGCGUGACCUAAGCCCAAUAUUUGAGUUCUCACCCCCCCCUUGCAGGCACGAGUUGCCACCACAUGUAUUUCUAUUAUGCUUUAUUUUGUUCUCUUUAAUCUGUUUUAUAUCAUGUUAUGAAUGCUUGUCCAAUAGGAUUGAUGAUGUUUCACUAUGUACACAAGCUACAAUUGUUCACGUAUUACUGCUUGGUGUCUAUUCACCAUUCUCAAUUACUUUCCUUAUGAGUUAGUAAUUAAUAAGCUUCUGCUUUUGUUAUCUACUUCUAACCUCCCCACUUCCUACUUUCCCUAUGGCCCACAUUUUAUUUUCAUCUCCCUGUUCGAUUGUUUUACUUGGUAACCUUGAAGAUCUAAUGUUUGAUGUAAUUCCAUAUGACUGAAUGCACUAAUACUUUGCAAAUCACCACCUACAAUGUCAAAGUUUGAAUGACCCUAGUAAAUGCAUCUGUGUCUUACACAGGUACACAGGUUGCUUUCAUUCAGGAGACUCACUUUCUGGAUUUGGGCUGAGUUCAGCUCCAGAAUCACUAUUUCACACGAAGCGAUCUUGUUUCUUCUCCUAUCUCAAAGAUAGGAAAGGUAGCACUGAAUCUGUGCCACAUUGAUAACUCACUUUUUACAUUUACCAAUGUAUUCUCCUCUAACUCCAACCAGACCUCUUUGCUUUUGUGAGUGCUUAAAUUAUAAAAACAAUUCACCAAAGAUAUUCUGACCUAAACAUUUAGACAGUUUAGAGUCUGGAAUGGACACCUCUGCAAAGGUAUCCAAUAUUCCAAAUUCCAAACUUCACAAAGUGAGAUUUAUCCUAUCCCUAUUCCUAGUCAGUAUUUGGGGAAUUCAUUACCCUAAUGUUAAGGAUUUUACAUUAUUCCUACCCUCAUAAACAAUACUCCUGCAUUGAUGAUUUGUUCAUGAGACAUAGAUAAUCAGUCUCUGCCCCCUCUUUAAAUAUUGAGCCCCUUCUUUUGUCAAUUCAUGUUUGUAUGUUUAUAAUAUGCAGAUAUGGCUUUAUCCGGAUUUAUGGAAGCUUGGGAAAAAUAGCUCCAAAUUGCCCUAAUUUAAAACCAAUUAAUUCACAAAUGGAGGAUACCGCACUCACACUCAGGAAUCCAGGUGCUUAUCAGGGCCAGGGUUGGCAAAUCCAGUUUAGUAGAUAAUAUAAAUUAGGUCUAGGCACUCAGGAUUGAUGCAGAAAGGCAGAUUUAUUGGAACACAAAAAGUGCAACAUUUCGGCCUACACAGAGGCUUGAUCCCCCUUCUCUCCCACUCACCCUCUCCCUGCAACCCUUUUUUCCCCCCUGUUAUAUAGGGGUAUGUAAAAUGAACAAAAUUAUAAACACAACACUUUUCUUUUUGCCCCCAUUUUUCAUGAGCUGAACUCAAAGAUCUAAGACUUUUUCUGUGUACACAAAAGCCUAUUUUUUUUUUACAAAUAUUCACAAAUCUGUUUAAACCUGUGUUAGUGAGCACUUCUCCUUUGCCGAGAUAAUCCAUCCACCUCACAGGUGUGGUAUAUCAAGAUGCUGAUUAGACAGCAUGAUUAUUGCACAGGUGUGCCUUAGGCUGGCCACAAUAAAACGCCACUCAGUUUUAUCAUACAGCACAAUGCUACAGAUGUCGCAAGUUUUAAGGAAGUGUGCAAUUGGCAUGCUGACUGCUGGAAUGUCCACCACAGCUGUUGUCCUUGAAUUGAAUACAGUAAAACUGCACAUUUUAGAGUGGCCUUUUAUUGUAGCCAGCCUAAGGCACACCUGUGCAAUAAUCAUGCUGUCUAAUCAGCAUCUUGAUAUGCCACACCUGUGAGGUGGAUGAAUUAUAUCGGCAAAGGAGAAGUGCUCACUAACACAGAUUUCAGAGAAAUAGGCCUUUUGUAUACUCAUGAAAAAUGGGGGCAAAAACAAAAGUGUUGCAUUUGUAAUUUUGUUCAGUGUAAAUACAUAUAUGGACAGAGUGAUUUUGAUUGAUAUUGGUAAUGCACUUGAAGGGAAUAACUAAAAAUAAUUUACAUUAUUUAUUAAAUAAAUUUCCAUCUUUUCAAACAGCUGAACUAAACUAAACAACUAAACCAAACAAGAACUAAAGAAUAUUGAAUGGGGAGUGGAAUGCCCCAUAGGCAGACACUUUAUUAAUUUUGUAGCCUGCCUCUGCACUUUUUCUAGUGCCAUAAUAUCCUUCUUUACAACAGUUUCCUGAAGUAAUCAAGGUGUGGUCUCAACCACUGAUUUAUAAAGAUGAUAUUUUCAUCCGGAGAAUUAUUGCUCCUUUUAAUACAGGCCAAUACCUUACUGGCCUUAGCAACUGCUAAUUGACAUUGCACAUUGUUAUCUAGUUUGUUGUCUAUAAGAAUUCCUAAAUCCUUCUCAUGUUGUGUUAUCCAUAAUUCAUGGCCUAUUAGUGUGUAGGUUGCUUGUACAUUCUUUACCCCAAAGUGGAUAAUUUUGCACAUAUCUACAUAAAAUUUAAUCUGGUAUUUGAGGGCCCAGUCCAACAAUCUAUGUAAAAUCUGAAGUCAAGCAAUAUCCUGCUCACGUUGUAUUACUUUACAGAGUUUUGUGUAAUCUGCAAACAUUGAAACAUGAUAUGCAAUGCCUAUUUCAAUAUCAUUUAUAAAUAUAUUAAACCAAAAUGGACCCAGAAAAACACCACUUAGCAUUUUUGUCCAGCUUGAAAACCUACCAUUAAUAACAACUAUCUUUACUCUAUUUUUAAGCCAAUACUUUACCCAAGAAUUUUCACAUAGACCAAUUUAUUUUAGUUUGUAUGCAAACCAACUGUGUAAAACCAUGUCAAACAACUUGGCAAAAGCCACAAAAUAGAUCAAAUGCUGGGUGCCUAUUGAAAUAACCAAUAGUAUAGACAGGACUCGAUGGAAAUACUAUACUAUUGGUUAUUUUAAUAGGCACCCAGCAUUUUGUCAAUUUUUAACCCCAGGUGGUGUUUUUUUCAGACAGUGAUACGGUGGUUAUGGUAGCUACUUUUGGUCUUGAAUUUUAACUUAAGAAGGUUACUCUACCAUUUAUUGGUGUUUAUCCAUUGUACAGUUGCAUAUUUACAAAAUAGAUCAAGUCCACCCUAAUCCAGUGGAGACUUGUUUUUAUGUUAGGGGAUAAAUAAUAUAAGCCCCACGUAUUCUCGCACAUGUGUCCUGGGGUAAUGAAUCGAACAAAAAUAUCAAUGUGUAAACAAGUGUGAGAAUAAGUGGGGUUUAUAUUAUUUAUCUGUGUGUUCGUGCACAUGUACGCACGAAUACAUAGGACUCUUUAUUCGUUUCGGCUAUAUCUAAGCACAUACUUGCCAGAUUGCCUGGAGACAUAUGUGCUGAAUUAUUUCAGUUUCGUGUUAUCUCUUGCGAUAUCGUAUGAACGUUUAGUGCCGUCUGUGUAUUACUAUAUAAACUGCUUUUGUUUAUCCCUUUUUCUCGAAUGCGCAUGCGUUGUUAUUAUGCAUUUUAAGACCAGGAAAUGCUUCCUUGCGCUCCACUUACCCGGUAGUGAUUCCAUUGGCGUUUAAGAUUAGCAUCCUUUGUUUACUCUUGGCAUUUCUUCUUUUAUUUUUAUUUGUUUUACUUUAUUUUUCUUUAUUUUUAUUAUUGCUCUCCUCCCUCCUUUGAUACAUAAGGAUAAGGCAUGCAUUAUUAUAUUUAUUACAUGUAUGGAUCCUGUUGUAAUUUGCAUGGUUUGUUUAUACCACUUAUGUUAAUUAACUAUAUUAAUAUUGUUAAUUGUUUUUUUAAUUAAAUAAUUUGUUGACCUUGUACACACUGUUUGCUAUAUAUUCACUGUUCUGUGGUGUUAGCUUGACAAAUACCUCUUGUUAGGACGAAACGUUGCUGCCUUUUUUGUUUCAAUAAAACUGCAUGCGGCUUUAACAUUCUGAGAGCCUGGAUAUAUUUCUUCUAUUAGAAUACUAGAGAUAGACCUAGAAGAAAUUCUAUUGGUAUGGCACCUGUAUGUAAUAAUCCUAACUCUGACACUUACUUUACCAGAACCUAUGCAAGUAGGGGUGACUAGAAUAAGUGAAGCAGAGAGACAAUACAGAAGAACGGAAGACCUGUGUCUUUGUAGUGGACAAAGGGGUCAAUUGCCUUAAUUGCCCUAAUAGGUUGGAAAACACCUAAGUCCACGAGGGGGACAGAUCUAGGGUGAUUUUUUUUUGUGUCCUCUACUAAAGCUCAUAAGGAGCACCGACUUCUAGCUCACAUUGUCUUAACUUGGGGCUAUAAGAGGGUUAAUACCUUGGCAUUAAUAUAUUCUGGCGCAGCUGCUAACUCUCUACCUUCUACAUUGAAGCCAUAGAUGAUUGACCUCUCCGGGUAGCCAUGAUCACGCAAGAAUCCAUUCCAGUUAUCCUAAUAGUAGGUGUGUUGCAUAAGGAGGUCUGUGUAUUCCAACAAAUUACUUCUCUUGCCUUCCCAGUAUUAGGAUAUCCCUGGCUAGAGAAACACAACCCAUCUAUCAACUGGGAAUUGGGAGAAAUUGUCUCUUCGGGUAAGAAUUGUCUGGAGAAUUGUAUCACCAAAGUACUUCCCAUAUAUCCCCUUGGUAAGAAAAAAGAGGAAGCACCUAGGAAAACCAUUUAGAAGGUUAAACCCUUGGUGACCCCAAAAAUAAGUUGAGUAAAACUUCACUUUUAAUAAAUUUGUUAAAAUAUUCUAGAGUAUCUAAUCAUGAAUAAAAUUGGUAUCCACGAAAAUAUAGGGAAAAAGGGAAACCCGGAGAGAUAGAGUGGUCCUAAAGAGGACUUUAAUCCAUUAGUCUAGGUUCCAAUUCCCUGUAUGGCAAAAUAAGUUAGAUCUAAAUCAAUACAGUGAUACACAAGAUAAAUAAAAAUAAGAAUAAAUAUGUAUAUCAAGUCUAUGUACGAUAUAUAUAUAUAUAUAUACAUAGAACAAAAAAGCAACCAAUUAUACACAUAGAAAAAGUUUGUUUUUAACCAUGCAAAAGUAGUAUGUAAUCUAAAUGUAACAAGAUGUGAAUGUUACUUUUGUGUCAUAUCAUAUUAGCCUGGAGGACAGCUGUAUAGUGUGUCAGUUAGGAACAGAGCGGCAAUUGUCUCCUGCAGUUAAUAAAAUUCCCUACUCUGUUGUGCCUUCAAGGGCACCUCUUAAAAAAUUCUAAAUGCCCUCCUCCCUCCUCUUAUAGCAAUACCAAGUCAUCCUGGCAGACUAGUUGGGAGUCUACCUCGUGGGACUAGGUAAGUAUAGUGGAAAGACACUCUGUCGAUCGAAAUGAAAUUAAAUAAACAAUCAAAAAAUAGGAAAAAUGAAAAAAAUAUAUUGGGUGAAUAAAAAAGAAGAGUAUAGCUGAUAAUAUCAGGAAAGUCUCACUGAUUGUCGUCCCAUAUCUAUUAGACCAGCUUGAUGCUCUAUAAAUGUCCCGACGCGCGUUUCGCCGUUUUCGCCAUUGAGUCUGUUUGCUACUUACUAUUUUAGUGGGAGUAAUAAACUUGCAUGCUUUAUAAUGUCCACAUUUGUAAAGACCCUUUGUAGGUUGGAGCCAGGUAGUGGAUACUCGUUGUGGUUCAAGAUGACUAUGAGUCAAUAAGUCUCUUAUAUGGGGAUAUGUUGUGUUUUAGGGUACGUAUCAGACUUUGUAAAAAUAUGUGUUUUUUUUCUGCCUGGAGAUAAUUAAGUUAAUGCAUUAUCUCCCUUAAUUAUCUCCCAGUCAGAGGGGAGGGAUUGUAUGUGUGUUAUGGAAGUUUCGUACAAGAGACGUAUCUGUAAUAUUGUUAAGCAAGCAAAGCAGGAAGGGGAAUUGGAUGUACUUGUCCAUAUAGGGACAAAUGACUUGGCUUGCAAUGAGGUUUCAGAGGUUAAGGAAGUUUUUAGUGUUUUUGCCAAUGAUAUACAGCAGGUUGCUUCCACACUGUCAUUCUCUGAAGUUCUGCCUGUGCAUAACACUCAGAACGACAGGCGGAUGCGUAUUAGGGACUUUAAAUUGUGGCUUGGUGAAUGGUGUCGGGAGCAAGGAUUUGGCUUUAUUUCUCAUGGUAGCUCUGUUUGGAAUGGAGAUAAGCUGUACAAAAAAGAUGGUUUGCAUCUUUCUCAAAAGGGAACAAAUGUUCUCAGUGAGCAGUUCAGAGGUUUUGCUAGGAUGUAUUUAAACUAGGAGGGGGGGGCAAAAGGGUGAUAAAACAUCAAUCCAAUUGUCCCCCAAAACAAGGACAGAAGGUGCCUGUAGCAAGUGUGUUAAAAAAUGAUAAGCUUAGAGUCAUGUCUACAAAUGCUCGCAGUUUAGGGAAUAAGAUCCAUGAACUUGUGGCAAUAAUGGCAACUGAUAGUGUAGAUUUAGUCGCUGUUACUGAGACAUGGUACAAUGAGAAAAAUGACUGGGACAUAGCAAUACCAGGGUACUCUUUAUAUAGGAAAGAUAGGGAAGGCAAGAAAGGGGGAGGGUGGCCUUGUAUGUGAAGGAUAGCAUAAAAUCUAGCCUAAUAAAAGUUAGUGAGGCAAACAUAGAGUCUGUUUGGGCUACGUUAGAAUUUGGUAAUCACACAGUAACUCAUGUAGGUGUGAUUUAUAGGCCCCCAGGACAAAUUGAAGAGUUAGAUAAUCUACUAGUUGAGGAAAUAGCUAAAAUGACAAUGAAGGGGGAAGUUAUCAUCAUGGGUGACUUUAAUCUUCCUGAUGUAAAUUGGAAAACAAAAUUAGCUACUUGUGCCAGGAGCACACAUAUUCUAAACUCCCUACUGGGAUUGUCUCUAAAACAAGUUGUUGAGGAGCCAACUCGUAAAGAGGCCAUACUAGAUUUAGUGUUAACAAAUGGAGAUUUGGUAUCAGAUAUUACUGUAGGUGAAAGUACAGUGACUGAGUCACACUACACAAAAACUAAAGUUUUAGACUUUAGAAACACAGACUUUUCUAAAAUUAGAAUAUGGGUAGAGGAGUCAUUAUCAGACUGGAGCAAUUUAAAUGGAGUCCAAGAGAAAUGGGAUUAUUUAAAAGUUGCACUAUUGAAGGCAACAGAAAAUUGCAUUAGGCUUGUCAGUAAAAGCAAAAAAAUCAAGAAACCACUGUGGUACUCCGCAGAUGUGGCCAAAAUAGUUAAAAACAAAAAGUUAGCAUUUAGGAAUUAUAAAAAAAACCCAGAGUGAGGAAGACAAAAUGAUCUAUAAGAUUAGGCAGAAAGAGGCUAAGCAAGUUAUAAGAGCUUCCAAAUCACACACAGAAGAGAAAAUAGCACAGUCAGUAAAAAAGGGGGAUAAAACAUUUUUUAGAUACAUAAAUGAGAAAAGAAAAGUAAAACAAGGAUUAGUUAGAUUAAAAACAAAAGAAGGAAGGUAUGUAGAAGAGGAUAAAGGUCAGGCUGACUGCCUCAAUGAAUAUUUUUGUUCUGUAUUUACAGAAGAAAAUGAAGGAAAGGGACCUCAGUUGAGAAAAAGGAUAAAUGAGUCAUUUAUUACACGUGAGUUUACAGAGGAAGAGGUUCUAUUUCAACUGUCAAAAGUAAAGACAAAUAAGUCAAUGGGACCUGAUGGAAUACACCCAAAGCUAUUAAAAGAGCUUAGUGGUGUACUAGCAAAACCAUUAACAGAUUUAUUUAACCAAUCAUUGUUAACAGGAGUAGUCCCAGAAGAUUGGAAGUUAGCGAAUGUUGUGCCCAUUUACAAAAAAGGUAAUAGGGAGGAGUCGGGCAACUAUAGGCCAGUAAGCCUUACUUCAGUAGUGGGGAAAGUGAUGGAAACCAUGUUAAAGGAUAGGAUUGAUGAACAUCUAAAAACACAUGGAUUUCAAGAUCAGAGACAACAUGGGUUUACUUCAGGGAGAUCAUGCCAAACUAAUCUUAUUGAUUUUUUUUGAUUGGGUAACUAAAAUUAUAGAUCAGGGUGGUGCAGUAGACAUUGCUUACCUAGAUUUCAGUAAGGCUUUUGACACUGUUGCACAUAGAAGGCUUAUCAAUAAACUGCAAUCUUUAAGUUUGGAUUCCAAUAUUGUUGAAUGGGUAAGGCAGUGGCUGAGUGACAGGCAACAGAGGGUUGUAGUUAAUGGAAUAUAUUUGAAGCUUGGACUUGUCACCAGUGGGGUACCUCAGGGAUCUGUACUUGGACCCAUUCUCUUUAAUAUUUUUAUUAGUGAUAUUGCAGAAGGUCUUGAUGGUAAGGUAUGUCUUUUUGCUGAUGAUACUAAGAUAUGUAACAGGGUUGAUGUUCCAGGAGGGAUAAGCCAAAUGGCAAAUGAUUUAGGUAAACUAGAAAAAUGGUCAGAAUUGUGGCAACUGACAUUUAAUGUGGAUAAGUGCAAGAUAAUGCAUCUUGGACGUAAAAACCCAAGGGCAGAGUACAGAAUAUUUGAUAGAGUCCUAACCUCAACAUAUGAGGAAAGGGAUUUAGGGGUGAUUAUUUCUGAUGACUUAAAGGUAGGCAGACAAUGUAAUAGAGCAACAGGAAAUGCUAGCAGAAUGCUUGGUUGUAUAGGGAGAGGUAUUAGCAGUAGAAAGAGGGAAGUGCUCAUGCCAUUGUACAGAACACUGGUGAGACCUCACUUGGAGUAUUGUACACAGUACUGGAGACCGUAUCUUCAGAAGGAUAUUGAUACCUUAGAGAGGGUUCAGAGAAGGGCUACUAAACUGGUUCAUGGAUUGCGGGAUAAAACUUACCAGGAAAGGUUAAAGGAUCUUAACAUGUAUAGCUUGGAGGAAAGACGAGACAGGGGGGAUAUGAUAGAAACAUUUAAAUAUAUAAAGGGAAUCAACACAGUAAAGGAGGAGACUAUAUUUAAAAGAAGAAAAACUACCACAACAAGAAGACAUAGUCUUAAAUUAGAGGGACAAAGGUUUAAAAAUAAUAUCAGGAAGUAUUACUUUACUGAGAGGGUAGUGGAUGCAUGGAAUAGCCUUCCAGCUGAAGUGGUAGAGGUUAACACAGUAAAGGAGUUUAAGCAUGCGUGGGAUAGGCAUAAGGCUAUCCUAACUAUAAGAUAAGACUAGGGACUAAUGAAAGUAUUUAGAAAAUUGGGCAGACUAGAUGGGCCGAAUGGUUCUUAUCUGCCGUCACAUUCUAUGUUUCUAUGUUUCUAUGUAAUUACUGUUCUUAUUGGUUUAUUCCCUUUGUGUCCCUGUGCCCAACAAAGUCCAUAUGGGUGUCACCCUUGUUGGGAAACUUGCAUAAAAGGCCAGUGUGCCUCCAUUAAAAUUGAGUUCCUGCUUACCCUCAACAUAGAGUCUCAUCUCAUGUGUGGGGGAAACGGCUGUAUCUACCCUGGUGAUUGCUCUAUCACUAUACUCCCCUUGGAUUAUAAUCACUAGCUCUUUUAAGAGCUGUUCCUCCUAUGCUCUCUGGGAGUAGGAGAGGUCUGCCCACUGGAAGCUGGAUCCUUGUCCUGGGUCCACGGUGGGUGAAGGACGGCGAGAGCCCGGCACAGCUGCAUCACUGGAAGUGGGUUCUGCAAUGCUUAUGGUAUCUGGUGGAUUGCUGGAAUUCCUCGGUGAGCACUAGGAGCAUCGAUUGGUGGAGGCAUUUGGUCAGCGUGCCAGGCGGUCCAUCCCAUUGACAUAUAGACCUGGGUCAAAAAACUCCAAGGCUGAUGCGUUGUCCAGACAGUUCGAACCUCUUGCAUGUCCUGAGACCAGUAUGACUUUUAUAGUUCCUCAGCAAAGUAUUAUUGCUAAUACUAGAAUAAAUAUAGAGUCUCCACUGGUUUAGUACAUUUAUUCCAAACAAAAGCUAGCUCCUAAGAAUCUUCCUGAAAGAGAUAUUGUUUUUUUUCCAUGAUAGUAAGAUCACAGGUCACAUAGGUAUACGCAAAACCUUCAAUUUAAUUUCAAAGGAAUACUGAGGGUCGAUUAUGCGUAAAUACAUCACGGAUUAUGUUUCUGCUUGCUGCAUAUCUAACAGAACCAAACUGUCUCAUACUCUCCCUUGUUACUGCAACCUAUCGACAUACCCAUUAACCUUGGUCAAGCAUUGCCAUGGAUUUCAUAGUUGAAUUGCCUAUGUCUGAGAGAAUGAUGGUAAUUCUAACAGUAGUGGACAGAUUCACGAAAAUGGCACACUUCAUUCUGUUACCUAAGUUGCCUUUCUCUCUGGAAUUGGCUAAAGUCUUUGCUAAAGAGGUAUUCCGUAUACAUGGGAUACCCCAAAAAAUGAUCUCUGACAGAGGUUCUCAAUUUGUGUCCAAAUUCUGGAGAGCAUUUUGUUCACAGAUGGGAAUUUCACUUAAAUUCUCGUCCGCUUAUCACCCUCAAACUAACGGGGCAGCAAAAAAGUCUAAUCAGAGAGUAGAAUAAUAUUUACAUUGUUUUGUCUCUAAAAAAUACAAAUGGUGAGAGCACUCAAAUAGAACAAAAAAUAAUACAGUGAUAUUACCCAAACUGGAUUAUAAUCUGAAAAUAAAAACAGAGAGAGAGAAAAACAUAGGGUAAUAACGUAAUAGGAAAUUAAAAAGACUCUACUACUGGUCUCACUCACAUAAAAAGAGCCACUUAGAUAGCUGGCUCAAACUUGCAUGCCUUGAAUCAAAAACUCUUAUUGGGCUUUCACUGGGUCCUUUCUGUAGUUGUAUUCCAUACACCACCAGGAAACGCAGGUUCAAGGGGUAAUAGUAAAAUUUAUUUUCCAAACGUAAAAGGAAUAAAUAAAAAACUACACAUACAAAAGAAAGUCCCUUAAGAAAACAGUCCAAAGAGCACCUGACGCGUUUCGGCAAUAAGCCUUCAUCCGAGUUGAUUUCCGUGAUCCAAAGCAUGCUGUUUUAUAUCUCUGCUCCUCGCGCCCUUUUUCCGCCGCAUUCGCGGCACUUUACUUCCGGGUUUGACGUCGGGACGCGUCCUGCGUCAUCACGUCCCGACGUCUGACUUCACUUCCGGUUCGCCGCAUAUUAGGACGUAUCGGGAACGUCAUAGAGAAAACAAAGUGUCAAAUGCACCCAAAAUUCACUUAACAAAAAACAAGGAAAACAAAAAAAAAGGGGAUAUACAACCCCAUCCACACAAAAAUAAUCAUAUAGUUUAUUAUAAUAAAUAAUACAUUUGGAUAAAUAUAAUUAAAAAAAAUAAUAAAAAAAUAACCUAGGAACCUGGAUAGCAAAAAAUGAAGAAUAAAUAAAUAAUAAAAGAAAAAAAUGUAUAAUAAAAAGGAAAAAAUAUAUCAAAAUGAAUAAUAUCUAAAAAUUGAUAAUAUAAUUAAAUAUAGAAUAAAAGAACUACUAUAUAUAAAAAUGACAAGAUAUGAUAAAUUAUAUAAAAUUAAAAUGUUCAUACAUAUUUAUUAAUCUCAAAAUCAACAUUAAGUCCUCGUGGUGUCAUCGUGUCAAGUUCAAACAUCCACUUCAUCUCUGCUAGUCCCAAAAUAUACUCUUUAUUUCCCCCUCUCCAAUGGAUUUUAAUUUGGUCAAUACCUAUAAACUCUAUACCUUUGGGAUCCCCAUUAUGGACUUGUAAAAAGUGGCUAGAGACACUAUGAUUAAUAAAUUUUCGUUGGAUAUUAUAUAUAUGUUCUCUAAUUCGGAUUUUUAGACUAUGUGUAGUUUUACCAAUAUAUUGAAACCCGCAUGGGCACGUUACCAUAUAGAUCACAUCUUUACUUGAACAUGUUAAAAAAGACUUAAUCUGGUAUCCUCUUUUAGUAACAGAGGAUACAAAUUUUGUAAUUUUCUUACUUUUAUUUAGUCUAAAAGAGCAACCUCUACAGGUACCACAAAAAUGGAACCCUUUGCUUCCCUUUAGAAAAUUGCCAUCUUUCUCAAUUUUUUCUUUAUCUAAAAAACUUUGAGUUAAGAUUUGUUUAAAAUUACUAGCCCCUCUAAAAAUAAAUCUAGGUUUAACAUUUAAAAAAGGGAGUACAUCAGGGUCUUCUUUAAGUACAUUCCAAUGUUUUUUAAUGACUUUUUGUAAUAAAUAGUUAUUAGUGCUAAAGUUAAAAAUAAGGGGAAUUUUUUCUCCAUCCUCUUUACUAUUUUUAUCUUCCAAAUUAUCUUUAUUCUUGUAUUUUAAAAGUGAUUGUCUCUCCUUCUCUCCAAUUUCCUUCUCAAUUUUAUCCAGAUUUUCUUUCUUAUAUCCUUUUUCGAUAAUUUUCCUCUUUAAAAUCUCUGCUUGUUUAAAAAAAUUCAUGUUCCUCGGUACAGUUCCUUUUUAACCUUAGAAACUGGCCCUUGGGAAUAUUACUAAGCCAAGGCCUAAAGUGACAACUUUUUAAAUCUAUAAAACUGUUGACAUCAACAGUUUAAAAAAAAGUCUUACUCUUAAUAACACACUCAUCUAUAUAUAUAAGAAGGUCUAAAAAAUUUAUUUGAUCUUUACUAAUUUCAUAAGAUAAAUUUAUAUUAUAAAAAUUCUGAUUAAGAGAAAGGAUAAAUUGUUCUAAAGACUUCCUAUUCCCUUUCCAUACAAUAAAAAUGUCAUCAAUAUAAGGGUUUAUAUAGGACCAGAUUUGCCCCGAUGUCCUCCCUAGAGAAGAUAUACUUUUCUUCCCAAAAGGACAUAAAAAGGUUCGCAUAACUCGGGGCAAAUCUGGUCCCCAUGGCCGUACCGUACCAGAUUUGCCCCGAGUUAUGCGAACCUUUUUAUGUCCUUUUGGGAAGAAAAGUAUAUCUUCUCUAGGGAGGACAUCGGGGCAAAUCUGGUCCUAUAUAAACGUUAUAUUGAUGACAUUUUUAUUGUAUGGAAAGGGAAUAGGAAAUCUUUAGAACAAUUUAUCCUUUCUCUUAAUCAGAAUUUUUAUAAUAUAAAUUUAUCUUAUGAAAUUAGUAAAGAUCAAAUAAAUUUUUUAGACCUUAUAUAUAUAGAUGAGUGUGUUAUUAAGAGUAAGACUUUUUUUUAAACUGUUGAUGUCAACAGUUUUAUAGAUUUAAAAAGUUGUCACUUUAGGCCUUGGCUUAGUAAUAUUCCCAAGGGCCAGUUUCUAAGGUUAAAAAGGAACUGUACCGAGGAACAUGAAUUUUUUUAAACAAGCAGAGAUUUUAAAGAGGAAAAUUAUCGAAAAAGGAUAUAAGAAAGAAAAUCUGGAUAAAAUUGAGAAGGAAAUUGGAGAGAAGGAGAGACAAUCACUUUUAAAAUACAAGAAUAAAGAUAAUUUGGAAGAUAAAAAUAGUAAAGAGGAUGGAGAAAAAAUUCCCCUUAUUUUUAACUUUAGCACUAAUAACUAUUUAUUACAAAAAGUCAUUAAAAAACAUUGGAAUGUACUUAAAGAAGACCCUGAUGUACUCCCUUUUUUAAAUGUUAAACCUAGAUUUAUUUUUAGAGGGGCUAGUAAUUUUAAACAAAUCUUAACUCAAAGUUUUUUAGAUAAAGAAAAAAUUGAGAAAGAUGGCAAUUUUCUAAAGGGAAGCAAAGGGUUCCAUUUUUGUGGUACCUGUAGAGGUUGCUCUUUUAGACUAAAUAAAAGUAAGAAAAUUACAAAAUUUGUAUCCUCUGUUACUAAAAGAGGAUACCAGAUUAAGUCUUUUUUAACAUGUUCAAGUAAAGAUGUGAUCUAUAUGGUAACGUGCCCAUGCGGGUUUCAAUAUAUUGGUAAAACUACACGUAGUCUAAAAAUCCGAAUUAGAGAACAUAUAUAUAAUAUCCAACGAAAAUUUAUUAAUCAUAGUGUCUCUAGUCACUUUUUACAAGUCCAUAAUGGGGAUCCCAAAGGUAUAGAGUUUAUAGGUAUUCACCAAAUUAAAAUCCAUUGGAGAGGGGGAAAUAAAGAGUAUAUUUUGGGACUAGCAGAGAUAAAGUGGAUGUUUGAACUUGACACGAUGACACCACGAGGACUUAAUGUUGAUUUUGAGAUUAAUAAAUAUGUAUGAACAUUUUAAUUUUAUAUAAUUUAUCAUAUCUUGUCAUUUUUAUAUAUAGUAGUUUUUUUAUUCUAUAUUUAAUUAUAUUAUCAAUUUUUAGAUAUUAUUCAUUUUGAUAUAUUUUUUCCUUUUUAUUAUAAAUUUUUUCUUUUAUUAUUUAUUUAUUCAUUUUUUGCUAUCCAGGUUCCUAGGUUAUUUUUUUAUUAUUUUUUUUAUUAUAUUUAUCCAAAUGUAUUAUUUAUUAUAAUAAACUAUAUGAUUAUUUUUGUGUGGAUGGGGUUGUAUAUCCCCUUUUUUUUUGUUUUCCUUGUUUUUUGUUAAGUGAAUUUUGGGUGCAUUUGGCUCUUUUGGACAUGUAAUGCCAGCGGCAGUAUAAUGGAAGGACACUUUGUUUUCUCUAUGACGUUCCCGAUACGUCCUAAUAUGCGGCGAACCGGAAGUGAAGUCAGACGUCGGGACGUGAUGACGCAGGACGCGUCCCGACGUCAAACCCGGAAGUAAAGUGCCGCGAAUGCGGCGGAAAAAGGGCGCGAGGAGCAGAGAUAUAAAACAGCAUGCUUUGGAUCACGGAAAUCACCUCGGAUGAAGGCUUAUUGCCGAAACGCGUCAGGUGCUCUUUGGACUGUUUUCUUAAGGGACUUUCUUUUGUAUGUGUAGUUUUUUAUUUAUUCCUUUUACGUUUGGAAAAUAAAUUUUACUAUUACCCCUUGAACCUGCGUUUCCUGGUGGUGUAUGGAAUACAACUACAGAAAGGACCCAGUGAAAGCCCAAUAAGAGUUUUUGAUUCAAGGCAUGCAAGUUUGAGCCAGCUAUCUAAGUGGCUCUUUUUAUGUGAGUGAGACCAGUAGUAGAGUCUUUUUAAUUUCCUAUUACGUUAUUACCCUAUGUUUUUCUCUCUAUCUGUUUUUAUUUUCAGAUUAUAAUCCAGUUUGGGUAAUAUCACUGUAUUAUUUUUUGUUCUAUUUGAGUGCUCUCACCAUUUGUAUUUUUUAUUGUCACUUGUAUUUAUUUAGUGGUUUUGGUGGCUCCACUGAGGUGAUUGUAGCACCAUUUUUCUUGUUUAGGAUCUAUUCACCAGUACAUUUUAUUGUCAUUUAUUGUUUUGUCUCUGCUCACCAAGAUGAUUGGGUCGACUUGCUUCCUUGGGCUGAGUUUGCUCUAAAUAAUGUGAUUUCUGAUGUGACUCAACAAAUCCCCUUCUUCUUAAACUAUGGUUUUCACCCUGUGAUCCUUCCAUCUGCAUUUCCUUCACGGGGAUUGCCGAUGGUUGAUCAACAUGUUGAGGACCUAAAGAAAGUCUGAAAUCAAGUUCAACGAUUGCUGGCUCAUAACAUGUCUCUUGAUAAAAAGCUUGCAGAUAGGAGUAGACUUGAUGCCCCAGUAUAUACAGGUGAUAAGGUCUGGUUGAGUACAAAACAUAUCCAAAAAUAAGAAUGUAGGCUGAACUUGAUGGACGCAAGUCUCUUUUCAGCUAUGUAACUAUGUAACUAUGUAACCUUAAAGUCCCAUCUAUGAAAUUUGCACCGAGAUUGAUUGGUCCAUAUAAGGUGGUAAGACGGGUCAACCCUGUGGCGUAUUGUAUUGAAUUGCCUCACUCCUUUCACAUCUCCAAUGUUUUCCACAUAACCUUAUUGAAUCCCUUGAUGUGUAGCCGGUUCACUAGUCCUGUGGUACCCCCUUCUCCGGUUCAGGUGGAGGACCAGGAGGAAUACGAGGUUAGUGCUAUUCUGGACUCACGGAUUUCUAGGGGUUCUCUCCAAUAUUUGGUCCGUUCAUUCCACUCUCGGUUUCCUAACCACCCUGGCUCUUCACCGCCCAGUGUUCGGUCCUCGAGUUGGUGGUACUGUCAGGUUACCUUAUGUAUCAGUCAGGAGCAUGUCACAGGCUGGCAUCUCAUUGCACGGUACUGGGGACACUGCUACUAACUUUCAGCUUGUCCCUAGCAAUUCUCACGCCAGCCGCAAUAAACCCACCUUUUUUUAUGACGCGGCUAAUGAGCGCCGACGUCAUGACGCUAAGAAUGUCACAGCCCGUCAAGGUACCUACCUAAGCGAACACGGUAUUUAACCCCUUAAGGACCAAACUUCUGGAAUAAAAGGGAAUCAUGACACAUCACACAUGUCAUGUGUCCUUAAGGGGUUAAAGAGAAACCAGGGAGAGACUCAUUGCCCUGUUGUGGUUCUUGUUUGACCCAAGAGUGCAUAUUCCGUAUUGGUAUUCUUACUUUGGCUUAGUUUGACUAUUCCUCCUUCUGUGUUCCUUUGACCUCGGUUAUUGCAUUAUCGUUGAUCCUGAUUUCUGGUACCACUGACCUCGGCUCGCUAUUUGACUAUUCUUUGUUUGUGUAGUGUUAGUCCGGCCAUCCUAAGGUCCAGUUGAAUUUAUGUACUUAAAAGAAAUUGCAGGUUGGUUUUGCCCUCUUUGGCUAACACUUUUUCAUUUUCUGGUUUAGCCCAUAUACUCGCUUUUUUGCAUGUAUUAUUGGCUUCCUUAUAUCUUAUUUUGGAUGCUUCUGAUUUGUCUGAUUUAGCCCCUUAAGGACGCUGGACGAAAAUUUUCCAUCAUUGCAGUCCUCCCCUUAAGAACACAGGAUGGAAAAUGUCCAUCCAUUACUAAAAUUAACCCCAGAUUGUGGCAAUUGUGGGGUUAAUGCUCCUGCAGUCAGCCUCUUUGACUGAGGCUGACUGCAGCAGGCAAUCUCACUAUUACAGCUCAUGUUAUUGCUUUCACACUUUCUGCAGUGAAACAUGUUCUGCCUCCCUGCACUUCUGUAUAGGUGCUGAUCUGCUUCUCACUGCUGAAAAAGUGUGAGCUUAAAAUAACAACCCACUUUACCUCUUUCUAAUACAAUGAGACCCCCUUCCCUGCCUUUUGAUCAAUGUCUGCAGUGAUCAAAAUACAGAUCACAAUAUUUCACAGAUUUUCUUUUAGAUUUUCUUUUUACCCUCUGAGGUUUAUUUUUAUUAUUUUUAAACCUUGGGAGCUAAAGUUAGUUAGUUACUUAAUUACUUGUAAUUUAUUUAUUUUUUAGGUAGGGUGUGUAGACGUUAGUGGGGAGUUGGGGGAUUUACUGUUAUGCUAGGCAGGGGCUAACAAUCAGAAGACUUUUAAAAAGUGAAAAAAACAAGUUUCAAAAAAGGGAAUAAAAUGCUUACUACACUACACUUGGUAAAGACUAGCAAAAAAAAUCCCAUGCUAAAGUUUAAAAUAUGCCUUUUGAAAUGGGGAGUCUUUUUUAAGAAAUGGUAUGCCUAUAUAGGGUUGUUGGAAUAAGCAACCUGCUAAGAAAAACUCCAUAGAGGGACAUUGACCCAGCGUAAAAAUUCAAAGUUUGAAAAAAAAUUUAAUGGCUGUGUUUCAAAUGUACCCAUUCAAUGUUCACAUAUACUGAAAAAGGUACAUACGAGGGUAUUGUCCUACUUCAACAACAUAGCUGAGCAACAUAUGACAUAUUAUACAGCCAUAGCACACAUACAUUUUGCAAAAUAUACAUUGCAAACACACUGUGUGUUUUAAAAAGGCAGAAAAGAUAUACCUUUUGAAAUACCUUGGGGUGUUUUCUUUAAGAAAUGUUAUGCCUUUGUGGGAUAGUUAGAAUAAAUAAUUUGCUAAAAUACUUCAAAAUAGAACACAGACCAUCAAAAAAAUCUCAAAUUGUCACAUCUUGUAUACAGCACUGUACCUUCACAAAAUCGUGUCUGUCAUACAUUGUUGACAGGCAAGGUACGUUGAGUAUUGUUUAACUCCAAAGAGGUAGCUGAGCAUAAUUUUGGGAAUUUUAUGAGAGUGGCACAUAUCAGCAAAAAUCAUGUAUGUAAACAAUGAGAUUUUUUUUCUCACCACAAUUUUUUACAUUUAUUUUUUUUUAAAUCAGAUAGGUAUUGUGUUGUGAUCUAUAUGAAAUCAAUGUGUCAUCAUUUGUUCAGACACUGGGUUCAUUUAGUCAAUUUUUUAUUAUUUCAUUGUGUUUCAUUGCAUUUUGGUCUAUUUAAAAUCCUAUCUUUAUUUUAACCUUUAAUCAAUGAUUAAUUGACAGGUGAACAAAAAUGCAUGACUAACAAACAUAUAGUGAGACAUUGAUCAAGUGCUAGUAUACGUUAACUAAAUAUAUAUGGUUAUAUUACUAGCUUUACUAGUUUUAUAGUUCUAGUUAGCGUUCAUUCAUUUUUCUCAUUCAGACAAGUGAAACAACUUAGAAUAUAGAGUCAAUAUAUAUAUAAACAAGGUAUUAUCUAGAGUAUGGCAAACGGCUAAGUUUCUGUUAGAGAAGAGGAUACAAACGUCAAUUCAUGCCCAAGGGUGCAUUAUAUAAUCUACAGCGAUUAUCAAGCGAGUCAUUUGCAGAAUUCAUCUGGCUAAAUUUCUGUAUGUAAUCAAUGUUAAGAAAUUUGAGUGAUGUUCAAUGUAGAAAUUGUGUUCAAGUUAGACCAUAUAGCUUUGUGUAAAUUAAUCUUAUCUGCAUUUCUAUAAAACCUUUUUUUCAUUUUGCCCUGGUAUUCUAUCUUACCGGCUAUUUCUGACCAGUUAGGUGCAAUAGGUGCCUUCCAAUUUUUUGCUAUUAUAAGCUUUAUGGCCAUAAACAAAUGUAUUAGGAAUGCUUUUUGUUCAGAAUUGCAGAUGGGAAAAUCUAGAUGAAAUAAGAAUGUACUAUGUUUUCUUUAAUCUCUGAUAGGCCUUUACACUCCCAACACAUAUAAUACAAUCUAAAUAAAUACACUAUAUACACACAAGCAUGCAAUAGUGAAAAAAGUGUGUAGCGCUCAGCAAUUGUCACUUACUCCCCAAUAUUACUUUAGGGUUUGUAAGGUGCCUGGGUAGUCCUUGUUGCAAUCCCAAUAAGUUCCUCAAAGAAAACAGAGAAUAAAACAGGGGGAAAUCGCCCUGGUGUUGAAAUCCUUAUGAUUAAAAUGACAAAUAUAAACAGAAAGGUGAAGGUUGCUUCUCACCUGGAAAAGAGCCUGUAACUUGGCUCUGAGUAUGACAGCUUAUGAGUCUUGUUAAAGGGAUGACUCUUGCCCUCUUUUAGCAGGAUAGAAGAUGUCCCAAGUGUAUGUAUUAAAAUUGAAUUUAUUGCAUAAACAUUAAAAACAUCAAUAAAAUUCAUACAUUACACUGGUAUCUUGUCCAAAACGCGUUUCACCGACCUCUCUCGGCUUUCUCAAUUGGUAACUACUAUCCUACUCAAUCCUGAUUAAAAUCCCCCCCUCCGAGAGAGGUCGGUGAAACGCGUUUUGGACAAGAUACCAGUGUAAUGUAUGAAUUUUAUUGAUGUUUUUAAUGUUUAUGCAAUAAAUUCAAUUUUAAUACAUACACUUGGGACAUCUUCUAUCCUGCUAAAAGAGGGCAAGAGUCAUCCCUUUAACAAGACUCAUAAGCUGUCAUACUCAGAGCCAAGUUACAGGCUCUUUUCCAGGUGAGAAGCAACCUUCACCUUUCUGUUUAUAUUUGUCAUUUUAAUCAUAAGGAUUUCAACACCAGGGCGAUUUCCUCCUGUUUUAUUCUCUGUUUUCUUUGAUGAACUUAUUGGGAUUGCAACAAGGACUACCCAGGCACCUUACAAACCCUAAAGUAAUAUUGGGGAGUAAGUGACAAUUGCUGAGCGCUACACACUUUUUUCACUAUUGCAUGCUUGUGUGUAUAUAGUGUAUUUAUUUAGAUUGUACUGUAAUAGGUUUCGAGAGUACCUAUUUUUGUGUGAGAGCUGCUGCACUAAGAGCACUUUCUAAUUUGUUUUAAGCGCCUUUGUGAACACAGAUUACCGUGUGAAUUUGUCACAUAUAAUACAAUGUUCCUUUGGAACUGGCACAUCUCCAACAUAUAUCCAAAUAGUUGGUUUAACUUUCUUGAUUCUAUAGGGGUAAGAUACCCUCUGUGAAUAAUUUUGAAAAAAGUUAUGUGCAGACUAAGACUUUGAGUAAUUUUUCUAACUUGUAUAAAAGCCACCCCCCCAUUCAUCUAUAGAGAAGGAUUUGUUUAAAUCUUCUACCCAUUUAUUUAAUGAUGCUGGUUUCUCAGUAUCCAUUAAACUUUUUUAUAAUUGAGUAGUUUUAGAAAUAAGUUUAGUUUUUAAUUGUUUAUUAAUGAGGUUUUUAAACUCUGAGUGCUCUUUACUCUCUUAAGACAUUAUCAAAUGUUUAAUUCUAAUCUAAUUGAAUAACUCACAUUCAGGUAGUUCAGAUUGGAUUUUUAAACUAUCAAAUGGUUUAAGUUUCCCUAAUGGGGCAAUUUGAGAUAAAUUGUGGAUAUUACAUUGUCUCCAUUUAGUUACAUAUAUAUCCUGUAUAUAGAAUUGUAAGACUUCGAUGGGAGUUGAUUGAAGAAGUUUAUAAGUAAUUCCCAGUUUAUUCUUAAAUAUUUUUAAUGACGUUAUUAUGUGUCUCAAACUUAUUUUCGAGGAAGUAAAAAAUUUAUAAUACUUAAAAUUAAUCCAGACUAAAUUAAAUAAUGACUUUUUUAUGGCUAGCUUUCCAGUCAUAUUCUUCUGUUGUUUUCCAUCCUGGAUUUAGUGCUAUCUGGCUGUCCCAUAAAAGGAAGUGAGUAAACAUCAUAGUAUCAUGCAUUUCUAUUAUAUCUGGAAAAUGUAUUCCACAUUUUCAAGCUUUUUUAGUUAAAAUCUAAAAUGCUAUUCUAGGUAUUUUGCCUUUCCAAAUGAUCUCCAUAAAUUGUUUCUUAACCCCUUAAUGACGAGUGACGGACAAGGUCCGUCACUCAGGGGAUUGCCAUAAUGACGAGUGACGGACCUCGUCCAUCACCCGUUAAAAUUAACCCCGGAUCGCCGCUAUCACGAUGAACGCUGGGUUAAUGGUGCUCCGGUCUGCCUCUGUAUUAGCAUGUCAUUAGCAUCAGCUUGUCAGAGCGAGCACAUAUGCUUAGUAUACUUACCUUCCACCUCCCUGCACCUCCUGGUUCUGUGUGAAGGGCAGGGAGCCGGAACAGUGCUGAUCCUGCCCCCUGUAAAAAAAAAAACAAAAAAAAAGUUUAUUUAAAAUCCCACCCCCCUUUACUCAUUUUAAUUAAAAAUUAACCCCUUCCCUGCCAAUUGAUCACUGACUACAGUGAUUAAUUGGCAGGGACUACAUUUUACUGUCAUCUGAUUUUUUUUUUUUUAACCCUCAGGGGUUAAAUGUAUUUAAUUAAUUUAAAUAUUUAAAAAUUAUAUAUUUAGGGGUAUAUGGUGUUAGGCUAACUAGGGGUUAACGUUAAAAGUUUUAAAAGAAACUUUAAAAAGUUAAAAAUUAAGCUAAAAAAAGUUUUAAUAACGUUUAAGUAAAAAAAAAAAAAAAAAUACCCCCCUUUACCAAGUCCAAUUAAGAAGUAACCCCUUCCCUGACAGUCGAUCACUGCCUACAGUGAUCAAAAUACAGAUCACAGUAUUAUACUGUGAUCUAAUUUGUUUUAACCCCUGAGGAUUAACUUUUAUUUAUUUUUUAACCCUCAGGGGUUCAAUUUAUUUAAGUAAUUAAUUUAAAUAUGUUAUAAUUAUAUAUUUUGCUAGCUGGGGUGGGUGGGAGUUAUGGGAAAAUGGGGAAUUUACUGUUAGUGCUGCUUACUGCUAGUUAGGGGUUAACAGUAAAAAAAAAAAAAAUAGUAUGUGUUUGUGGGGAAGUUUCAAUAACCAACCGUCUAAACUACUCCAAACUGGAACAUGGACACAGCGUAAAACUUCAAAGUUAGAAAAAAAAUGAAUGGCUGCGUCUCAAAUGCGCCCCUUCAACAUCCACAUAUACCUGGCAAAGGUACAUACGAUGGUAUUGCUGUACUCAGACGACAUAGCUGAGCAACAUAUGAAGUAUUAUACAGUCGUAGCACACAUAAGGUUUGCAAAAUAUACUGUGCAAACUCACUUUGUGUGUCAAAAAGGCAGAAAAAACACUUAUUACCACUACACUUGGUACAAGCUAGCGGAAAAAUGAUCCCACGCUAAGGUUCAAAAUUUGCUGUUUGAAAUACCCUGGGAUGUCUUCUUUAAGAAAUGGUAUGGCUUUAUGGGGUAUUUGGAUUAUAUAGCCUGGUAAAAUACUCUAUAAUGGGACAUGGGCACAGCAUAAAAAUGUAAAGUUUGAAAAAAACUGAAAUGGCUGUGUCCCAAAUGUGCCCCUCCGAUGUCCACAUAUACCUGGCAAAGGUACAUACGGGGGUAUUGCUGUACUCAGCCGACAUAGCUGAGCAACAUAUGAAGUAUUAUACACUAGUAGCACACAUAAGGUUUGCAAAAUAUACUGUGCAAACUCACUUUGUCUGUCAAAAAGUCAGUAAAAAUACUUAUUACCACUACAAUUGGUACAAGCUAGCAGAAAAAUGAUCCCACGCUAUAUACCUUUUGAAAUACCCUGGGGUGUCUACUUUAAGAAAUGGUAGGCCUUUGUUGGGUAGUUUGAAUUUAAACCCUGCUAAGAUGCUUGGAAAUUGCACAUAGGCCCAGCGUCAAAAUUCAAAGUUCGGCAAAAACUGAUAUGGCUUGGUCUCCUAUAUGGCACUAUAGCUUCACGAAAUAGUGCCAAAGACAUUCAUUGGGGGUGUCUUUUUACUCAGAAGACUUAGCCGGGCAUAAUGUGGGGGGUUUGAACUUAGUGGCACACAGGGGCGGGCUGGGCCGGGGGGCAGGGAGGCAGUUGCCCCCCAGGCAGCCCUAAAUUCUUUUAAGACCGGCCACUGCAGGGCCAGCCCUUUAAAUGCUGCAGCCGCCUGAGCACUCUUUUAAGAGCCUCAGGCGGCUGCACCUGCUUCUCUCCUCCCCUGCCCUCCCCUCCCCUGUAGCGCAGCCGAGCUCCUCUGCGGUCCGCUGUGCACUGAGUGUGCACCUUCACAUCACUCCCGCCGGGCACCGCGGACCGGAGAGCAGCUCGGCGACGCUACAGGGGAGGGGAGGAGAGGUGAGGGGGAAGCAUAAGUGAAGGAGGAGGGGAGAGCAUAAGUGAAGGAGGAGGGGAGAGAGUAAGUGAAGGAGGGGGGAGAGUAAGUGAAGGAGGGGGGAGAGAGUAAAUGAAGGGCGGAGAGUAAGUGAAGGAGGGGGAGAGAGUGAGAGGGGGGGGUAAGGGGGAGAGUAAGAAGGAGGAAGUGAAGGAGGGAGUAAGUGAAGGAGGGGGGAGAGUAAGUGAAGGAGGGAUUAAGGGGGAGGGGAGAGAGUAAGUGAAGGAGGGGGAGGGAAGGAGAGUAGAGGUAAGGAGGAGGGAGAGUAAGUGAAGGAGGGGAGAAUAAGUGGGGAGAGUAAGGAAGGAGGGGGGAGGGAAGGUAAGGGGGAGAGUGAAGGUAAGGAAGGAAGAGAGGUGAAGUAGAGUGGAAGGGGUAGAAGAGGUUGAGUGUGCUGAAGGGAAGAGAAAGUGAAGGAGGGGGAUUAAGGAAGGGGAGAGUAAGUGAAGGAGGGGGGAGUAAGAAGAAGGGGGUAUGAAAAACAGGGGGUAAGAAGAACAAGGGGGGGAGUGAGAAGAACAAGGUGGGAGUGAGAAGAACACAAGGAGGAGGGGGAGAGUAAGGGUGAGGAGAAGGGGAGAUGAGGAGAAGGGGGGACUGAGAAGAACACAGGGAGGGUGGGUGGUGAGAAGAACAUGGAGAGGGGGUAAGAAGAACACAGGGAGGGGGGAGGUGAGGAGAACACAGGGAGGGGGGAGGUGAGGAGAACACAGGGAGGGGGGAAGUGAGAAGAACACAUGGAGGGUGGAUGAGAAGAGCACAGGGAGGGUGUGUGAGUGUGAGAAGAGAACGCUAGGGGAGGGUGGGGGAGAGGAGAGACCACUAAGGGGCAGGGGAGAGCUCUAAGGGACAGAAGGGACAGCUCUAUAGGACAGGGGACAAGACAGGGAGCUCUUUCACACUACGCACACACACACACACAAUGCAUCCCUAUACAUACACAGAAACACACAAUGCUUCCCUUGCACACAAACACACAAUGUAUCCAUUACAUACACACAAUGCAACCCUUACACAGAAAGACAAUGCAUCCUUUGCACACAUACACAGAAACACACAAUGCAAACCCUUACACACAUAUGCAAACACACACACUGCUUUUCUUACAUACACACAGAAACACAAUGCAUCUUGUGGCGAAACCGACCUCGCCACUGGGCAUUGGAGAAGACUGAUUGCCAGCCUCCUGCCAUGUGACUAUGGCCCUUGGGAUGUAUUGCCCUUUAAAGACAUGAUUUGGGCAUAAGGGAUUUGUGUUGUGCUGCUGCUGGCCCUUUUAAGAACCAUCUGGGGACAUACUGUGGAGUUACUGGGUGGCCACCAUUUCCUGUAUCAGAAGCACAUGGUGAGAACAAUGGAUGGCGGCCAUUUUAACUCACAGACACUGUUUGGACUUUUCAACACGGUGCCAUCUCGCCAGUAUUUGUUGCACAGAGACAUCGUGCGGUGGUUUUGGACUAUACAGCAGGGGACACAUUAUACAGUGAUUGUUUUUUAUUUAGCCUGUAUAUGUUCUGCAGAAUCUGCAUUAAACUGUAUUUUACAAAGUACUGAACGGAUCUGGGUGAAUUUUGGCUAUGUGGUUCACCCAGAUCCCCCAGUUUCAAGGAUAUACUUUUUAUGGGGUUAUUGCAUGUUUUGGCGUCCCUGUGAUGUGUUUUAUGAAACUGUAUUUCUCUGGCUGUGAUAAUUAGAUUACCCAUUGUGUUCAGUAAUCAUAUCACAGCCAGAGGGGAGGAUUUUGUGUGGCAGUGUCUGUGUGUAUUGUAUGGAUUGAUUGGCUGUUUUGUAACGCCCUGUGGGCUGUACUAUGUUUGUGGAUUGGGAAUAAAAGAGACUGUAUGUGACAGUACAGGGAGUUCCUGUUUUAACCCUCAAAGUGAAGUUUUGUCUCAUUAUUGGGGGAAGGAUUUAUUGUAUGCUGUUCCAGUUUGACUGCUAGGAGAGUAAACCUAUUCGUAUGGUUCCUAUUCAACUGUCUACAGCAUUAAUAUGCUUGAGAGAAGGUAUACGCUUCUCUGGUUCGGUGAUUGUGGCGUCUGCUGCAGUGCUUGGAGUCCUCAGGAAGCGCUAGGAGCAUCUUUCAACGGAGGUACCCAGUCGGGGUGCCAGGCGAUCCGUUACACAUCUCUUACACACACUCAAUGCACACACUUACAGACACACACCUUGCAUCCCUUAUGCAUACAAACACAGAUUCAGGCAAUGCAUCCCUUACACACAACCAGAAACAAACAAUACAUCCCUUAUACAGAAAUACACACUGCUUCCACUACACACAAACACACUGCAUCACCUGCACAAACUGGUAUCCCUAUACACUACAUCCCAUAAGCACACAUAUUAGAUCCUCUACAAUAACACAUAACACAUCCCCUACGCACUCCACUCCCUGUGAGCGAACUCAUGGGUGGGUGGAACAUAUAAGUGGACUUAUGAGUGGGUCUUGUGGGCAUACUCACAGUCAGGCCCUGGGGCCCAGACCUUGAGCUGUGUAAGGGGCCCCCCAAAAAUGGAGCUGCUUCUAAUUCUCCUAGAACAUUGAAUUUUGUGACCACAGUUGCAAACAGCCUCCAUAAAUCCUGUUCUACACCAGACCAGUGGAGCCAAACUGCAGCCCAUCAUCAUCCUCAUCUGGUUGUAAGUAGGCAAUCAAGUAUAUUAUAAGUGACACUAAUCUAUAAUUUACCUCGCAUUAAAGGGACACUAUAGUCCCCAGAAUGACUGCAGCUUAAUGAAGUGGUUCUGGUGUCUAUAGCCGGUCCCUGCAGGCUUUUUAAUGUAAACACACACUGUGUGCAGCACUGGCGUUAGUUUGUAUGGCAGCUCAUAUAGUUGGGGCAUUGUGAUGUCACAUGGGGGGCGGCAAAUACAGCUGUUCCCCAUGCAGCCACAGGUGCUGCUGUGCUGGGAGAUUGUGAUUACUCUUCACUUCCUCCCAGCCUACAGAGCAGUGCAUGGGAGAGAGAGAGGAGGAGGCAUGAUUUAAUCUUACAACAAAUCCAGUAAGCAAAUCUUUAUAAAUUUGGGGGGGAAUCAGCUCUGUUUCCACAGUUUAUUGGUGUUUACUCUGAUGUCUGUAUUAAUAUUAAGGAAUUUCUAAGUAGUAACAUCAGUGUGUGUCAGCAGGGCUAGCCGUUGGGGUAUGCACGCUGUGUGGUCAUGCAGGGUGCCAUGACAACAGAGGUGCCCGGUGGACAACACAGCUCACAAAUUGGGGACACCAGCCUAUUCAAUUUAAACGAUUCGUUGGUGGUCCACUGGUGCGCACCAGCAGUAGGUGCAGUCAGAUUAUAGCCUCUCCCUCGUGGUUCCGGCGCUCAGUUUGUGAGUCAGAGCACAGGCUCAGAGAUUCUCAGCCUGCGCUUUAACAACAUUGAAAGUCAGAGCUGUGAAGGAGCGGGCAUGGCAAAGAGCUACUGAUUAGCAUAACAUCAAUAUCCAUUAUAAAACCAGGAAAAGGUGGGCAUCAUUGCACUGAUUUGGUGGUGCAAUGGGCCACUUGACUGGUUUUGCCCCCAGGCCUAAGGCUGCCAUUGGUGAAAAAAUGGGGGCAUGUUAAGGCACAAUAUGCACCUUAUGAGAUACCCUGGAGUGUCUACUUUUACAAAUGUCAUUUUACUCAGAAGACUUAGCUGAGCAUAAUUUGACGGGUUUGAACUUAGUGGCACAUGUGAAAUAUACAAAAUUCCCAGCAAAAAUGCAAUCCAUGUGUAAAAAACGCACAAAAUUCGUUUUUUACCACAUACUUUGGCAUAUAUUGGUGAAAAAAUGGAGGCAUGUUAAGGCACAAUAUGCACCUUAUGAUAUACCCUGGAGUGUCUACUUUUACAAAUGGUAGGCCUUUGUGGGCUUUUUUGAACAGUCAAACUGUUAUAAUACCCCAAAUGGAAGCAUAGGCUCAUUAAAUCCAUCUCUCAAAAUUCUACUGUGAAUACUGAAAAGAACAGGCCUCCUAUGUGGCAUUGUAACUUCACGAAAUAAUGCCAAAGACAUUCAAUGGGGGUGUCAUUUUACUCAGCAGAUGUAACUGAACACAAAAUAAAACUUUGUACAGGAAUAGCACACACCAACUUUACAAAAUACACAUGAGAAUUUCUUUGUUAUAAGUUUGUGUGCCAAAAACCAAAAAGAAAACACAAUUUUACUCCAAUAUUUAGCAGAGGUUGUGGUGAAAUGGCUACGUAGAAAGUGUCAAAACAACACUAGGUAAAUAGCCUGUAAUGUCUACUUUAUAUAAAUAUACACUUUUGUGUGGCAAUUUUGUUUUCUUUUAUGGCUAUUAAGCUUACAAGACAAACAUACCAAAUUCUAAAAUCGCUCCACAUUAAAAGUUUAUUUUACUCCUUGUGCUUUGUGACCUGUAACUACCAAAAAAACUUAAAAUCCCAGACACAUUAUAUAUUCUGUAAAUCAGAACAACUAAAUUAAUGUAUUUUUAAUUACUUUCCUUAACCUGCACUAAUUAUGCACACAUUAUUAUUGCAAAAAUUGUAAAAAAAACAUUUGCAUUUGUCUGUAUUUUUUAUAAUAAAUAAGCAUAUAUAUAUAUACAUAUAUAUAUAUAUAUAUAUAUAUAUAUAUAUAUAUAUAUAUCUUACAUCAAAUUAAAGCCCUUUCUGUCCUUUAAAAAACGAUAUAUAAUAUGUGUCAGUGCAAUAAAUUUGUAAAAUUCAAAUUGCAGUUGAACGCAAACAACAAAAAAUGCUGUUGUGAUUAAGUGAAAGUCAAGCUUCUGAAGCUCUGUCCUUAAGGGUUAAAUGGAUAAAGUAGAUGUCUUGGAACUCUUAAGGGUAAAGAAUUAAGCGAAUUGUUCAAUUUUGGGAAAAUAUAUGCAGAGAUUGUAUUCAACCUGUCAAGCCAAGAUAUUUUGAGGCCUUUCUAUUUUUGAAAAUAUUCUUUAAAUUAUGAUAAUAAUACCAUAUAAUUAUCCUUUACUAUCUUGUUCAUGUCAGUUCUAACAUGUAUUUCAAGAUAUUUAAUUAUUUUGUUGUUCCAAUAUCUCACUCCCAGUAUCUCCUGAUCAUUUGAGGUUAUAUUUACUGUUGUUAUUUAAGUUUUGUUCAUAUUAAUUUUGUAUCCAGAAUAAUGACCAAAUUCAUUAAGUACUUCUAGAACUUGUGGAAUGGAUAUUCAUGGAUUGGACAGAGUGAGAAGGACAUAAUCUGCAUAUAGAGGGAUUUUGUGAUUCUCUCCAUUUAUGUUUAGGCCAUAAAUAUGAUCUUUCUGUCUAAUGCUGCCAGAGGUACAAUGGAUAAAAUAUACAACAAUGGUGCCAAUAGGCAGCCUUGCCUGGUUCAAUUCUUAAUGUUUAACCAGUCAGAUGUCAUACCAGGGCUAAUAAAUCUUGCUUGAUGGGCUGUAUAGAGUGUCAUAAUGCUUUCUUUAAAAAAAAAAACUGUCAGACCAAAAUUCUCCAACACCACAUCCAGGAAGCUCCAGUUCAUACUGUCGAAUGCUUUUUCCACAUAUAAAGCUAUAAAAACAGAAAGAUACAUCAUAAACAUUCGAGUAGCUUAUCAGAUUUAUAAUUUUCUGGGUGUUAUCAACCAUAUCCCUUUGCAAAAUGAAUCCAGUUUGGUCCUUAUGUAUAAAUUCAGGGAUGAUUGAUUUAAGUCUUUCUGCAAAUAUCUUGGAAAAUAUCUUUAUAUCUAAGUUAAUUAAAGAGAUGGGGCAGUAAUUCGACAGGCUAACAGGUUAUUUUCCUGGUUUGGGAAUCAGGAGAAUAUUGGCUUGUAAUAAUUCUUGUGGAAUGAAUCUACUAGAGGUAAAUUUAUUAAAAGUCUGCUGUAGAAUUGUUGAAAUUUCAUUUUCAAAUGUUUUAUAAAAAAUUGCAGAAAAGCCGUCUGGUCCUGGGGACUUUCUUUUUUUAACCAUUUUAUUGUAUUUUGUACUUUUAUAAUAGAGAUCAGUUUAUUCAACUGCUGAAGUUUUAGUGGAUUCAUUUUUGGAAGUUUAAAUUUUUUCAAGUUAUUUUUUUUAUCAUGCUCUUCUGAAUUACUUUAUUCUUGUUUCUUUUAUUGUAUAGAGAUUGGUAAUAUGUCUUAAAGGCUUCUCUGAUUUGUUUAGGUGAAAGUAAGAUUUUAUUACCCAUUUUUAUUUUCUUAAAAUGAUCAUUCCUCCUUUUAAAUUUUAAUUUAUUAGAGAUAAGUUUAUCAAUUCAAUUAUAAUUUGAAUACAAUAUUUAACUUUAAUAGAGUUUUGAAUAGAUGCAAUUUUUGUUAGAGGUAAUUAAAUUUGAAGUGGCUUUAUUUAUUUUCUCCUGUUCCGACAAGGAAAUAUAAAGAUUAGAUAAAGAUUUUUAACCCUCAGAAAAAUAGGUGCAUGGCAGACCAUGUAAUUGAGCCUAUCUCUGAGGAGACAAAUCUACCCAGGUUCUGAAUAUUCAUUAAAAAAAGUCAAUCCUUGAGUAUGAAUGAUGGACCUUCGAGAAGAAAGUACAAUCUUUGUCUCUAGGUUUAAACGUACGCCAUAUGUCAUAUAAGAAGUUUAUUUGCAAGUAGAUCUUGAUAUAAGUUAGCUGUAUAUUUCAGAUGUGAGUCUCUAGGGGCACCUGACGUAAAGAACUUAUCUGGCUUUAUAUUUGGUACACAGUUAAAGUGCCCUCCUGGAAUCAAUGUCUCUUUUAGUAUUUAAUCCAUUCUUUUAUUACUUUUUUGAGAAAUAUAAUCAGAGUUUGAUUGGGAUUAUAGAUGUUUACUAAUGUAUAAGUAAAAUCAUUAAUCUUGCAUAUCAGAAUGAUGUAUCUACCAUUUUCAUCCGUCUCCUCAAUGAUAAGCUCAGAUUUAACUAUUUGAGAUUAUUAUUGCCACCCCUCUUUUUUUUUUUUUUAAGUUGGAUUGGUAAAAAAAAAAAAAAAUCUCCAUAAUUUUUUAGCUUGCUCAGUCCAGUGAGUUUCUUGGACAUAAGCUAUAUCAAUAUGCUUUUGACAUAAAAUAUGAUAUGUGGCCUCUCUUUUGAGGGGUAUUUAAGCCCUGAGCAUUGAUUGAAACUACAUUGAGUGUCAUGUGACAUCCCCCCUCCCCUCUUUCCCUCUCUGUCCGCCCCUUUGAAUAUAUAUAUAUAUAUAUGUUCCAUGACCCUUUUAAAAAUAAUAAAAUAGAUUUCAUAUAAAACAUCAUUUCACAAUUCAUACAACACUACUAAUUCUAGAGUAUCAGGAAUAUCAUUCCUGAUCUGACCUAAUUCAACUUAGGUCACUUUCAGAGGGUGAUGGCUAGCUGAGAAAGUUGCUUGUAAAAAACUUUUUCUGCUUCUAUAUGGAUUUAAUUAUAGUUGAUAUUCUCUUUUUCCCUUUGUACCUUGGCUUUCAUCCUUAUUCUACCGAUCUCUAAUUUCCCUCUUCUUUUUCGUUUCUAGUCAAACUUUCAUUCUCUACAUAUACAGAUUUGUAUAUGUCUAAUAAAAUUAAUGUGAUAAAUUCUUUUAUUAUAUCUAUUAUGUUUUUGUUCCUUCAUAUAUACAGGCGAACAGAGACAUACAUACAUACAUAUAUACAGGCGAACAGAGACAUACAUACAUACAUACAUUCAGAGACAUACAUACAUACAUACAGGCACAAUUACACACCUACUGUACAUACAGGUCCCUGUCCGGCUCUGUGGAGUCCUGUCUUGCAGCUCAGUCUCAUCUGUGCCAGCCACACUGUGUGGUACACAGGGAGCAGGGAUAUGAUGUCAUUCAUAUCUCCGCCCCCUCCACACAGCCUACGACAGCCUACGACAGACACCAGUGUAGGAGGCUCCUCCGGCGGCAGUAAGCUGGGCAGGCGGUAAGAGGCUGGGCUGCGCUGAGAGGAGGUGCUUGCACUCGGCCAUGCUUCAUAGAGUAACCGGCUGGAGGGUAGGACAGAAUGCUUUCCUCUCGUCGGAUAGCCUGAUAUUGCGCUCCCAGGGCCGGAGCGCCCUAAGGCGGCCGCCAUAUGGUACCGCCGGCCCUGGGUGUAGUUGAUCUUCCUAACUUUUUUUUUAAAUAGGUCAACAUUAUUAGUUAUUACACAAUCCAAGCAUCUAUUCUAUUUGGUCCUUCUAUUAAUAGAGACAUGAAAGUCUGUAAUUUAACAGGUUUAAAAAACGUUUUUCCUUAAUUGUACUACCAGUCCCUCUGGCCCACUGAACGUCUGGAUAAUAAAAAUCUCUAGUGAUUAACACAUUUUCCAGAUGUGAAACCUUGCUCAUUUAAGAUAGCAGUUGCUCUUUUCCUAUCAGUAUUAAUGUUUGCAGGUUUGUAACCUAUUCCUACUAUUAAGGAAUGUCCCCUGUUUCAUCCUAUGCAAAGGUCUACCCAUAAGGCUUUGACAUUCUCAAAUGCAACAUCACAUACCAUUUCUUUAACACUUCAAUUCAUGUUUGAUAUAUCAACACACCCAUCCCCCUUUAUUUUUCUAUUCUUCCUAAAUAAUAUAUAUCCAUUUAAAUUAACAGCCCAAUCAAUUAUUUUGUCCUACCGAAUCUCAGCAAUCCCAAUUAUGUCUUACUAUUCUCUGUAUGCUAAAAUCUCAAGCUCCUGUAUUUUGCUACACAUGUUUAAAGUUACAAUUUUUGGUUUUCAUUUAUUUGGAAAACAUAUAAUUGAUUCCUUCUUACUCUGUCAUCUCCACCUUCCUAGACAUCAGCUGGAUUUCAUCUCCUUUCUCUGAGUUCUUUUGAAAAAUAUGUAAUUUUAUUGAACCAUACAUCAAUAGUGUUAAUAUUGGAGAGAUACAAAAGAUCCAUGCUUAAUUUUUCAUAAAUGUACAACUUAAACAUGUACAAGGGUUGUUGACUGUCCAACACUGUGUUUGUUUUAUUUUUCAUUUUAAGUUGUUAAUUAUUUCCUUUUGUCAUACUCCUCACACAAUAAAAACAGGUGAGUGAUCAGUGAACCCAGAAUGGAAUAUUAUGUGAUGGUGUAAACAUACUUAUGAGUCAUUAGGCUAUUUAUAUUGGAUUGUAACAAUUCUCUGCUGGUAUCAGGUUUUCAGACAUCCAAGCUACAACUCUAACACUUUUAACAACGACAUCACUUUGCUGAAGCUCUCCAGCGUUGCUACUUUCAACAAUCGUGUUUCUACUGUAUGUGUUGCUGCCAGUAAUGAUGUUUUUAAUAGAGGAGAGAGAUGUGUUACAACUGGAUGGGGAUAUAUCAAUGCUUCAUGUAAGAAAACUAAUAUGAUACUCAUAUUUAGAAUUUAACAUUUUUAAUCUUUUGUUUCAGGAAAAUAAUAGAUUUAAAACUAUUUUUAAAACAUGUUGGCAUAUUUCAAGUAAACAAUGAUAUCAGAGGAACAAACUGUUUAAUCCAAUAAAAACCAUAAUACAUUCUGAAGUAUCGCAAUAUUAUUGUCCAUUCCACAGAUUUUUUAUGUUACAGUCUUAUGUUUAAAUUAAUUUUGUUUCCACCACAUUUAAUAGCUCAUAAUAACAAAUACAAAGCAUUGCAAAUAUAUUAAACAGACAAAAAAACUGAAAUAUCAUAUUGCCGCAAGUAUACAGACUCUUAACUCCGUAUUUAGUUGAAGCAUCAAUUACAGCCUCAUGUCUUUUUGGGUAUGAUGGGACAAGCUUUGCACACCUGGAUUUGUGUAUUUUCUUCCAAUUAUCUCAGCAGAUCCUCUAAAGCUCUGUCAGGUUGAAUGGGGACUGUUGUUGUAGAGGGCCAGGUUUGCAUAAGGCCACCAUGGCCUUGGGGCAGUAGGCAAGCAAAGUGUGGCACAGCUUUUGAUGAGAUCAAAGAUCCCCCUCACCAACCAGCUGCUUCUCCUGCUGGAUCUCAAUAUUGUAUCACAGAGUUACCACAGGUUAUUGUUCUGAUACAAUCCCCCGGUGCUGGCUGGAAGGAGCUGUCUGUACCCACCAGGGUCCAGACAGCAACAUCACUUAUCCGAUCAGGUUCCCCCUUGGCACAGUGUUUUUUUUUAUUAAACACUUUAUUCAAGCAACUCUUCAACCCCUAUCUCUUACACUACAAUUCCUGUCCUCCCACUACAGUCAAUUUUUACAGUCCCUAUCCCUUCCACAACAGCCCCUAUCUCUCCUCACGACAACCACUAUCCCCACCACAGUCCCUAUUUAACCACUACAGCCCCUAUCCCCUCCAUCAAAGCUACUACCCUCCACCACAGCCAUUAACCCCCUACAGCAGCACCUGUUUCCUUACUACUCUGUAUUGCUACUCUUCACCCACCACAGCCCUUAUCCCCCACACUACAUCCACGAUCCUCCCACUACAGCUCAUGUAUUCCCACUAUAUCACCUAUCUGAUCAUCACGGCCCCUGUCAAUCCACCAUUGUCCCUAUCCCUCACUACAGCUACUAUCUCUUCAGCAUCUAAUGCACUUUUUCGCAAACCAUAGUCCUCCUCCUCCUCAACACACAUAGCAGCCCAUGUCUUUCUAACACACACACAGUCCCUAUCAGAUCAAAAUGCACACUUCUAUUCCUUGCACACGUGCUUUACUGACCUGAUCCAACAUAUAUAUUAUCUACUACCUCAAAAGUCCCACACAAACUCUGCAGCCCCAUUUUCCUUUACAAAACCUUCAACAACAAACACACAAAAAUAGCCCUAUCCUCUAAAAAAACACCUCUUCACACACAAUACAGCCCCUAUCAACUAACAGACCCUAUUUACAUGCCCACACCCAUACUAAACUGCAAACACCCAUAUCCACACACAAUCUACAAGCACGCAAGCAGCAUCUACCCCAUGAACGCAACCACACAAACACACAAAACCCCAGCAUCUCUACACAUGGACACAAAUACAAAUAACCCCACUGUAUAGAAAUUUGUAUAUUAACCCCUUAAGUACACAUGAUGGAAAAUGUUCGUCAUGAUUCCUUUUUUUAAGAAGUUGUGUCUUAAGGGGUUAAUAUAUAAAAUCCAGUGCACUCACUCAUUCACCAAACAUCAAUUUCAAGUCUCACAGAAUGUAAUAGUUUUAUUUAAAAACAUCUCACCUAGUCAAAAAAUAAUGGGGGUUUAUUAACAGUAUUUGAUCAUACAUUGCAUAGGUCUGCCACAACAUCAAUUCAUGGCAAGACCUACUCUAGCAGCCUAAUGCCUGCUCUUGUGAGAUUAAUCCACUUACUUGGGAAAUUCUUGCUCCUGGGACUCUCUGCAGGUCAAGGUUAAAUAGGGCCCUGGAAUGGGGCACCUGUGACCAAGGGGCUGGUCUGGACUCCCAAAUAUAUAAGUGACACAAAGAGGGCUGCACUCACCUGAACAUGCAUACAUUUUAGGGUGCUGCUUGGUUUAAUUUAUACAAUGUAUAAAAUCUAGCGCACUUCAGAAGCAAGCAACACCACAAGAAGCCUACCCUCAAAAAUGCAACACAAGUAGCAAUCCAACACACACAACCCCACAUUGCAGCAUCUUGACAAACCUUGCAUUAAAGUGUCCAAUCACAUAUGCUAAACCUUUUCCAUAUAUAUAUAUAUAUAUAUAUAUAUAUAUAUAUAUAUAUACAGUUGCAAGAAAAAGUAUGUGAACCCUUUGGAAUGAUAUGGAUUUCUGCACAAAUUGGUCAUAAAAUGUGAUCUGAUCAUCAUCUAAGUCACAACAAUAGACAAUCACAGUCUGCUUAAACGAAUAACACACAAAGAAUGAAAUGUUGCCAUGUUUUUAUUGAACACACCAUGUAAACAUUCACAGUGCAGGUGGAAAAAGUAUGUGAACCCCCUAGACUAAUGACAUCUCCAAGAGCUAAUUGGAGUGAGAUGUCAGACAACUGGAGUCCAAUCAAUGAGAUGAGAUUGGAGGUGUUGGUUACAGCUGCCCUGCCCUAUAAAAAACACACACCAGUUCUGGGUUUGCAUUUCACAAGAAGCAUUGCCUGAUGUGAAUGAUGCCUCGCACAAAAGAGCUCUCAGAAGACCUACGAUUAAGAAUUGUUGACUUGCAUAAAGCUGGAAAGGGUUAUAAAAGUAUCUCCAAAAGCCUUGCUGUUCAUCAGUCCACGGUAAGACAAAUUGUCUAUAAAUGAAGAAAGUUCAGCACUGCUGCUACUCUCCCUAGGAGUGGCCAUCCUGUAAAGAUGACUGCAAGAGCACAGCGCAGACUGCUCAAUGAGGUGAAGAAGAAUCCUAGUGUCAACUAAAGACUUACAAAAGUCACUGGCAAAUGCUAACAUCCCUGUUAGCGAAUCUACAAUACGUAAAACUCUAAACAAGAAUGGAUUUCAUGGGAGGAUACCACAGAGGAAGCCACUGCUGUCCAAACAAAACAUUGCUGCACGUUUACAGUUUGCACAAGAGCACCUGGAUGUUCCACAGCAAUACUGGCAAAAUAUUCUGUGGACAGAUGAAACCAAAGUUUAGUUGUUUGGAAGAAACACACAACACUAUGUGUGGCGAAAAAAAGGCACAGCACACUAACAUCAAAACCUCAUCCCAGCUGUGAAGAAAGCGAUUCACACCAGGCAUCCCAAGGAUAUUGCUGAACUGAAACAGUUCUGUAAAGAGGAAUGGUCAAGAAUUACUCCUGACCGUUGUGCACGUCUCAUCUGCAACUACAGGAAACGUUUGGUUGAAGUUAUUGCUGCCAAAGGAGGUUCAACCAGUUAUUAAAUCCAAGGGUUCACAUACUUUUCCACCUGCACUGUGAAUGUUUACAUGGUGUGUUCAAUAAAAACAUGGCAACAUUUCAUUCUUUGUGUGUUAUUAGUUUAAGCAGACUGUGAUUGUCUAUUGUUGUGACUUAGAUGAUGAUCAGAUCACAUUUUAUGACCGAUUUGUGCAGAAAUCCACAUCAUUCCAAAGGGUUCACAUACUUUUUCUUGCAACUGUAUAUAUAUAUGUUUGUGUGUGUUUUAUAUAUGGAGUGCAUUGAGGAAACUGGCCUUGGGGCAGUAAGGAGGGUAAAUCAGGCCCUGUUGGUGGACAGACAUUUUCAGGUCUCCCCAGUAACAUUUUUGUUCUAGUCCAUGUGUUUUUCCAUCUGUCCAGUUUGCUUUAAAGGCCAGAUCAGCAGAGUGUUGCAGUGUUUGUCAUCCUUCUAUAAGUUUCUCCCAUCUCCAAUCAUUAUCUCUGGAGCAUUGCCAUUGGGUUCUUGGUAACCUCUCUGACAAAGCCUUUUUUCCUCCGAGUGCUCAAUUUUGCCACUCAGCCAGCUUUAGAAAGAGUUAUUACUUCUUCUAUUCAAGAUUUAUGGAUGCCACUCCACUCUUGGGAGCUUUCAAUGUAGAUGAAAAAAGUUUGUACCCUUCCCUAGAUCUGUCUAUCAACAAUAUCCUGUCUCUAGGCUCACAACAAUCUCUUUAGACCUCAUCGGUUUUUGCUUUGAUAUGCAUUAACAGUUGUUAGACCUUAUAAAGACAAAUGUUUCCCUUUCCAAAACUUGUCCAAUGUAUUGAAUUUGCUUAGGUUUAAUCCAAUCAAAGUGUAGCAACAUCUUAAAGAUGGUCCAUAGAAAUGGGUUGCACUGAGCCAAAUUUCAAGUGUCAUAGCAAAGUGCCUGGAUACUUGUGUUAAUGUGGUAUUUUUUAUUUCUUUAUUUUUUAUUAUUUGACAUUGAUUGAUGGGGAAAAAACAUUUAAUUUAAAGAAUGUUAACAUGUGUUUCAAUCACCCUAACCAGCUGUGAUUACUACAAGGAACACAUUCAGUAUUUUUAGGACUAUUUUUCUUUUUUCUAACUAGCACAACUUAGUCCAAGCAAACUGCAACAAGUGUCUCUGCCUCUUCUGAGUAACACUGACUGCCAAAAAUACUGGGGGAAUAAGAUUCUGAGCACCAUGAUCUGUGCUGGAGCAUCUGGAGCCUCCUCCUGUAUGGUAUGAUGGUUUACAUUUCACAUUUUGUAGAGUAUGGGUUUGACAAAAUUAAACCUAUUUUUGCUAAAUAUAUUUUGGCAUAUGUUAUAAUUUUUGUCAUUAUUUUCAGUAAUCGUACGAUUAAAGAUACAUAUCAUCUCAGUUUAAUAAUUACUACGUUUGGAGGUCCAGGAUGGUCUAUUACCUUUUUUUGCUAAUAAAAUAUUGCCACUUUUAAAAGCACAUAUAUUUUUCAUUGUUGAUUAUAAAACUUUAAAGAUUUUUUACAUCAAAUUUCUGAAUCUUAACACAUAAGAACCCACGGAUACGUAAAUAUUCAAAUUAUUUAUUAAUAUGUAUAUUUGAAUAUUGGGGUAUUAGAAUAUCGUCCAACAAUACUGAGUAAUAUAGGUAUUGAGGAAUUUACUCUCCAAUUCUCCUUUUCUGUCCAAUACAACAUUUAAACUUAUUAGAUAUUUCAUCUUAAUUACAGGGUGACUCUGGUGGACCUCUUGUGUGCAAGAGGAAUGAAGCUUGGACUUUGGCUGGAAUUGUGUCGUGGGGAAAUUCAGCAUGCUCUACUUCAUAUCCUGCCGUGUAUGCUCGGGUCUCAGCUCUUAGAGCCUGGUUGGACCAAACUGUAGCUGCUAAUUAAAAGUAAAUUUUUUUUCACUGUUAAUAAAGGGAAUCUGCUAAAACAUGUUUUUAGCUACAGCCCCUAGAACUAAAACAAAAUUAGGCCCACUUCUUGGAAUACAUUUGAAUUUCAGAUGGAACAAAUUAAGCUAAUUAACACUCAUUUAAAAUAAAGGUGCACAUCAUAACAUUUAUACAGGUAUAAUUUAC